AUGAGUAUGCUAUUAUAUUAUUUCGCGAGCGCUGUCAAGUCAAUACAGUUUCACGUUGACGAUGACAUCAUUGACAAGCUCAAUUAUUAUUAUACGACAGCAAUUAUUACAGGUGAGAGAGUUUUGUGCAAAUUGAAAAGGGGGGAGUUGCAAUUUUCGGUGGUGAGGCGAAAAUUGAAAUAUUGGAACAGAACACAUGUUUUUCGUGGAGUAUAAUUAGACAAAAAAUGUGUAUCUAAUACAACACAUGUUUUUGAUUUCAUUUUUGAACAGAAUAAUGUUAGGAGAUAACGCAUUUUUGUAUGUGAAUUCAAAAAUCGUGAAUGUUUUAUGAGAACGCAGAAUUGUAGUUUGCAGAAUUCGAGUUCUGAAAAAAUUCAUCAUAGCUAGAUUUAUUAGCCUCAUUUUAUAGAGUUCCAGCUCAAUCCAAGCCAAUUUCAUAUUUUGGAAACAAAGAAAAUUAUUUUUCUAAACUGUGGAACGUUGACUGUAUAUGAAAGAGAUACAAUUUCUGAAAAUCUGAUACAAAUAAGAGAACAAAUUCAUAGAUCCUGAAUUUGUGGGCUGGGAAUAUAUUUUACUUAUAAAAAAAAUUAUCCAAAAUCUUUAUUUCAAUACAAAUCAUUACUUUAAAAAAUGUAUCUGAAAAAUAGACUCAAUGAAAUUCAGUAAUUCAAAAAUUAUAAAGCAAUAAUUUUACUUCUGAAUGUUUAUAUUAAUUUUAGAUUAACCUUCACUAGAAAUUUAGUAAGACAUAUCUGAUAAUUUUCACGAGGGGUUCUAGUCAUUUUCAAAAAACAAAUUCAUGAAUUACCAAUAAUAAACAUUUCCCAAACUCCCAACAUGUUUUUCCAGUAUUCGCAAUUCUGGUGUCUGCCAAACAAUAUGUAGGUUUUCCGAUUCAAUGUUGGGUGCCGGCAACAUUUACCGAGCCCAUGGAACAAUAUACGGAAAAUUAUUGUUGGGUGCAAAACACCUAUUUUCUACCGCUCCACGACUAUAUUCCUCAUAAUUAUGCGGAACGUGAAAAUCGUCAAAUCGGGUAUUAUCAAUGGGUUCCAUUUGUGUUAGCACUCGAAGCGCUACUUUUCUAUGUGCCGACUAUUGUUUGGAGGCUGCUCAGUUGGCAAUCCGGUAUGUUUUUUGUACUUUUGAUUGCAUUUUUACUAGAAAAAACAUCACACAUUUUUUCAUUUUCUGUAACAUAAAAUAAAAUUCAAAGAAGAAAAAAAAAACAAAUUAAUUUAUAAUAAUAAACAAAUAAAAACCAAUCAAAAAUGCAUUUGUUUUUCAUUUUUUUUCAAGCCGUAUAUAUAUAUAUAUAUUAUAAAUAAAACUUGGCUGAAAAACAAUCGACUUAUAGUGAGAAGGGGUCUUUUCUCCUCUCUCACCUCGAGGGAGUAUACAUUUUGUUUUUGUUGUUGUGAGAAAUGAGGAAAAAAUGGCAAUGAAUGGGGGAAUAUAUAGAGAGAUAAAAAUUUAAGAACAAGAACAAAACAUUUUAUUGGAAUAAGCUGGAAUAUUGAGAUCCAGUUUGUUUUGAAUUCUACGAAGCUUUUCAAACCUUAGGAAAAUAAAUUUGGAAUACAGAAAAAUCCAGAUAAUUUUCAACUUUCCCAAUUUUUUUUCCUGAAAUUCUAAAAACGCGAAUACGAUGAAUUCAAUUUUUCAAAAACCAAUUUGAAGCUCUUUCUUCAGCCAACAAGUUUCCAAAAAUACAUAUUCAAAAUAAUUUUCCAGGAAUUCAUGUUCAAUCAUUAGUUCAAAUGGCAUGCGAUUCUCGAUUGUUAGAUUUAGAAUCGCGAAAUCGAGCACUUCAGACAAUUGCGACAAAUGUCGAAGAAGCUCUACAUGUAAAACAUCAAGUGGUAAGCAAAAACUUUUUUCUCCCUAUUUCUACAAAAAAAACGGAAUUCCACAUACACACAGGAAAAUUCAAUUUGUAACACUCGAAAGAUACUCACUUUUUCUUCUAUGUGUUUUAUUUCACUUUUUUACAAAACACAGGGGUUUUCAGAUGUCUGGAAAUCGGCUGAAAUUGCUCAAUUUGAUCAUUUGCACACGAUCUUCUGGUGCUGCCGUCACAUUUUUAUACAUUUCCGUCAAAAUUUUGUAUACCGUAAAUAUUGUCGGACAGAUAUUUUUGCUCAACACAUUUUUGGGAAAUCGUAGCAAGUGGUAUGGAUUACAGGUAUGAACGUUCUUCUAGAUUUAUAAUGAAGAAAUCAAUCAUGAAAAUGUUUAGGUUUUGAACGAUUUGAUGAAUGGUAGAGAGUGGGAAGAAUCUGGUCAUUUUCCAAGAGUGACGUUAUGCGAUUUCGAAGUCAAAGUUCUUGGAAAUGUUCAUAGGCAUACAGUUCAAUGUGUACUCAUGAUCAAUAUGUUCAAUGAGAAAAUUUUCUUAUUUUUAUGGUAAUUUAUUUAUUUUUAGAUGAUGUGAAAUGAGUGAUUUUCAGGUUUUGGUAUUUCCUUUUGGCGGGAGCUACAGUCUGCUCGCUUUUCUACUGGAUCUACAUUUCAGUAGUUCCAAGCAGGUAAGAUUUGAGAAACCAUAUGUGGUAAAAAAAAUAUAUGAGGACCACCGACGAUGCUAAUUUAAAUGUUGAAGUACCACUCACAAAGUUUCCAAAAGACCACCCAAAAUGUUAAUACAAAUUUCGAGUUUUUUUUUCAUUCACAUCAACAAUCGGAGCAUGAAAAACCAUCCCCAUCUUUUCAAAAAAUCUCUAUUUUUUUAGACAACUCAACUUUGUUGGAAAAUAUUUGACGGGUAUUGAAGGAUACAAAAUGGUCGACUCACAAUCACUUCGUCGCUUUGUAUUCCAUUUCUUGCGACAGGUAGAUCAAAAGUUCACACGUAAAACUCAACAAAAACUCAUGAAUAAUUUUGUAGGAUGGUGUCUUCUUACUACGCAUGGUUGCCACCCACGCUGGUGAACUACCGUGUUACGAACUAGCGAAAACACUUUGGAAUAAUUAUUGCGAUAAUAAGGAGGGCAAAAUGCAUGACGUGUGA